AGCUCGAUAACUCGAAUAACGCCAGAUGCGAUGCAGCCAGUAGUACUUAUUUGCCGAACGCGUAUUUGCUACGCCGCUCGCAGGAAAACACCAAGCAAAUGUGCAGGUGCAUGGCCACCACAGGCAAUUUCGGACUCUCAUCACAGCACUUGAUCGAAUCAUUGGCGUCGCUAUCCUGGCAUUGGUGUGCUCGGCGGCUCUCGUUUUAUAGGCUGCUCUCGAGCGCAGGUGAAGCUACGAGCCAGUCUGUUGCAUGUCUGGUGUCUCCGACUCUGGUUCUGCCGUGCUUGGUCUUUGCUGCAAGGCUACAGCAUGGAGGCAAACAUCCCAUGAGACCCAUCGCGGCGGAAACUGGGAUGCCGGUGAACUUAUAUUUGCAUAGGCGCUUGCACAUUGGCCCUGGGCACCCUUUCUACAGCUUUGCAGCUUGAAUGCUGGGUUGGGAAGAGCUGUGAGAUUGCUGCACUCUGUGGCAUGAAGCACGGGCCUCAUUGUGGUGAUUGACGUGCUCCCUCGCCGUC